UUGUUGUGUUUCGGAUAGAAAGUGAGCCUGGUUUCCAGCUGAGUGCUUGCGCGCUCUCUCUCUCUCUCUCUCUCUCUGUGUGUGUUGUCAUUAUUAUCCAGUCUGCUCCCAGCUCAGAAUGGCCAGAUUCACUCAGACUGAAACAAGAAGGCAGCAACAACCACAGCAGCCCCAUCCCGCUCACACCAGCCUGGUUUUCACUGGACCUGGGGCAACACCGAGCCAACAACCACUACUACUUAUCCCUCACCAGCACCAGUACUCUCAGAUCACAUUUCCUAAACCCAUGAACGGGUCAGAAUCCAUUUCCAUUCAUCCGGAGAGCGGCAACAUGAAAGACCAAGAUGCCAUAAAGCUGUUUAUCGGGCAGAUACCGCGGAACCUGGAGGAAAAAGACCUGAAACCUCUGUUUGAACAGUUUGGGAAAAUCCACGAACUGACUGUUCUGAAGGACCGAUACACCGGCAUGCACAAAGGCUGCGCGUUCCUCACCUACUGCGCCCGCGAGUCGGCCAUCAAAGCCCAGAACGCCCUCCAUGAACAGAAAACACUGCCAGGGAUGACUCGGCCCAUCCAGGUGAAGCCGGCUGACAGUGAGAGUCGUGGAGAAGACAGGAAGCUGUUUGUGGGGAUGCUAAACAAACAACAGACUGAGGAGGACGUGUACCGCCUCUUUGAGCCCUACGGAGUCAUCGAGGAGUGCACCGUCCUAAGAGGUCCUGACGGAAACAGCAAAGGCUGUGCCUUUGUAAAGUUCUCCACACAUGCUGAGGCCCAGUCUGCAAUCAGUGCCCUUCAUGGCAGCCAGACCAUGCCAAACGGCUCCGAUUCUCUCCCCCCCCAGGGCGCGUCCUCCAGCCUGGUGGUGAAGUUUGCCGACACCGACAAGGAGCGCACCAUCCGCCGCAUGCAGCAGAUGGUGGGCCAGUUUGGCAUCUUCAACCCAGCCAUCGCCCUUCCCUUCAGCACCUACAGUACCUACGCACAUGCAGCACUGCUGCAGCAUGACAAUGAGCUCAUGCAGCAGCAGGCAGCCAUCAUGGCAGCGAGCCACGGGGGCUACCUGACGCCCAGCAUGGCCUUCCCCACCACCCAACUCCACCAGAUGGGGGCACUCAGCAUCAACGGCCUCCCACCCAACUCCAUGACCCCGGUGUCUGGGGAGUUCCAUCAGGCACUGGGCCUUAGCUCUCCACCAGCCAACAUCACCACUCCCAGCAUCGUCACUCCCAUCGUCAACGGCUUCACGGGCAUCCCCCACCAUCAGCCCAACGGACAUCCCGCCGUGGAGACCAUGUACAGCAACGGCCUGCCGUCCUACUCCACCCAGAGCCCCACCGCCGCAGACACCCUCCAGCAAGCCUUCACCGGAGUACAGCAAUACACAGCUAUCUACCCAGCUGGCACACUGACUCCCAUAGGCCAGACACUGCCUCAGCCAUCACAGGUCAUCCAGCAGCAGCAACAGAGAGAAGGUGAGGGGCCUGAGGGCUGUAACCUGUUCAUCUACCACCUGCCACAGGAGUUUGGAGAUAAUGAACUCAUGCAGAUGUUUCUGCCUUUCGGGAGCGUCAUCUCCUCCAAGGUCUUCAUGGACCGAGCCACCAACCAGAGCAAAUGCUUCGGGUUUGUGAGCUUCGACAACCCAGCUAGUGCACAGGCAGCUAUUCAAGCCAUGAACGGCUUUCAGAUUGGAAUGAAGAGGUUGAAAGUCCAGUUAAAACGACCGAAGGAUGCCAGCCGCCCUUACUGACACAACCUAGCCCUCAGUAUUCCCUGCAACAGCACAGGUUUUGAGGACAACUGAAGAUAUCUUGGAGGAGUUCAACUUUUUUUCUUUGAAAACAAAAAUUAUGUUUAAAAAAAAUCCACACAAGGAAUUUUCGAAGACAUAUCAGCAUUUACUUAUGAAGAAGACGUAGGCUAUUGCAAUGAUGAAGAGAUUGAAGAAGGUGUGAAGGAGUUGGCAGCAGCUACACCGAAGGACUUCAACGCAACAAACUGCACAGUGCAAGAAAUACAAGAGAAGUAAAAAAAAAACUGAAAAAAGAUGUGAAACUUUUCUUGUUGAGACUUGAAUUGUUAAUUAAGCAACAAACAAACAUAAAGCAGCAACAACAAAUAGA